CUUGCGAUGAUAAAGACGAACGCCUGUGCCAGAUGGUGGAGGAUGGAAGGCUUGAACCUUAUAAUGAGAUCGUGUUGCGGACGAACGUGUAUUUUGCCGAAGUUUCGGGUGAAGAGUUCCUUGAAAAGGUCAACGUUACCAUUGAACAUCCUGAUUGCCCUCACCUGUACACACGCGUUGGCGAUCACUGCUUGUCCAUCUUUUUCUUUGGACUGGUCAACUGGGGAGAAGCUCGGGCCUUCUGCAAGAUGAAUGGCGGCGACCUUUUGUCCUUUCAAGAUGGCUUCGAGAACUUCUACGAAAUCACCCGCCACCUUCACGAGAACAACAUCACCUCGGACUUCUGGAUUGGGGGAGCCGUGCGGAACAAGACAUGGACGUGGGUGGACGGCAACCCCAUCGAACUGGGCACCCCCUACUGGUCCCUCAGAACGAACCCUGCCUGCAAUUAUCGCAACCAGACCAUCAGUUUGAAGAAAUCUUGCAAUCGCUACCUGCAACGACCCAGGAAACCCACCGUAGGUAUGUGCACCGCCCUUAACUUCGAGAACUUCUUCUACAUGAGCGACGAGGACUGCCUGGCGAAGAGGAGCCCUCUCUGCGUCGCGGGAAAGGAACCCAGUGAGAGGGCGUGAGGCGAUCUGGAGCGGGACCAGGUCUUCCGAGGAGCACCGUUUCCUUUUCCUUUUGUUAAUGUUGAACUACAAUUCGUUUUCUGGCAUUGGCGACCAGGAGGCGAGUGGAAGCAAGUUUAUUUCAUUCUGCUUUUGUGACUGAUAGUAGAUCAGCUAGCUUCAAAAAUAAAUCUGAACUGAU